UGAGCUGCUGUGGACCAAGGUCACGCUACAAGCUUUAGCAACCGAAGACGAAGUUGAAUCAUUCUACGCGGUAAAUGUUUUAAACCGAAUUGAAGUAUAAAACGGUGCGUUUAAUCUGUCUGGAAUUAUGUUGCAACUUAUCGUUUCUAUAACGAUGCACUAUCAAAUACAGAGUCUACAUAACUCUGAGUGGAAGAUGAUAAAAUAUAUGAAUGGAAGACGUACAGGUGCAACAAACCAUGUCUCACUCCAGCAAUACAGGAAUACAAAUGUCACAGACUCCUGCUGCUGGCGAAGAGAUCGUCAUUUCAGGAAUUGCAGGCUGUUUCCCCGAAUCAGAAAAUGUGUAUCAGUUUCGAGAUAAUCUGUUUAACAAAGUGGAUAUGAUAACAGAUGAUGAUCGACGCUGGAGACUUGAUCACCCCGAGAUCCCUGCACGGACAGGGAAGCUGUACAAUCUCAAUAGGUUUGAUGCAUCAUUCUUUGGUAUUCACUACAAACAGGUCCAAACCAUGGACCCCCAGGGCCGCAUGCUACUGGAGAAAACUUAUGAGGCCAUUGUGGAUGCAGGUGUCAACCCCCGUCUCCUAAAGGGGCAGAAUACUGGGGUCUUUGUCGGCUCAUCUUUCAGCGAGUCAGAAAAAUGUAUGUUCUAUGAGAAGUUUCACGCGAGUGGGAUCGGUCUCAUAGGUUGCAGCCGAGCCAUGCUUGCCAACCGCAUCUCUUACUGGCUUGGAGUACAUGGACCCAGUUACAUGUUGGAUUCAGCGUGUUCGUCGUCUUUGUACGCAAUUGAACACGCGUACAAAGCCAUCCAGGAUGGGCAAUGUGACUCUGCUAUUGUAGGGAGCUGCAACCUUUGUCUUCAUCCCUACAUAUCUCUCAUGUUCACUCGUCUUGGCGUACUCAGUCCUGAUGGCUCAUCGAAGGUCUUUGACAGAGAUGCUAAUGGCUGUGUGCGGAGUGAGGCCAUCUGUGUGAUGUUCCUGCAGAAGGCUCGUGAUGCAAAGCGUGUAUAUGCCACAGUGGUGCAUGCGAAGACCAACAGCGACGGCUUUAAGGAUAGGGGCAUCACAUAUCCGUCUCGAGAUAUGAAGAAGAAGUUAAUGGAGGAGUUUUAUGAGGAGUGUGGCGUUAGUCCCACAUCUUUGGAUUUCAUUGAAGCACAUGGAACUGGGACUAAGGUUGGAGAUUUUGAGGAACUGAAUGUUGUGGAUGAAGUGUUUUGUAAAGGAAGACAGACACCACUCCUGAUAGGAUCAGUCAAGUCUAACAUGGGGCAUGCUGAUCCGGUGUCUGGACUGUGUUCUGUUACGAAGGUCAUCAUUGCAAUGGAGAAUGAAAUCAUUCCACCAAACCUGAACUAUUCCAACCCUAGGCAAGAUGUCGAGGGACUGAUUGCCGGGCGGCUCAAGGUUGUGACUGAGAAUUUGCCCUGGAAUGGCGGCCUUGUGGGCGUCAACUCAUUUGGAUUCGGUGGGGCAAAUGCCCACGUUCUGCUGCAGUGGCAUGAGAAGAAGAAGGUAGAUGGUGGGGCUCCUACUGACUCCAUUCCUCGACUUAUUGUCGUGUCUGGGCGCACAGAAGAGGCAGUUGAUAUCAUCCUUACUAAUUUUGAGUCGCAGCCAGUGGAUGCGGAAUUUGUGAGCCUGAUGCAUGAUUUGCAGUCUCUGGAAAUUGCUGGCCACACGUACCGUGGGUACUCGCUUCUCACUCAUAAUGAAAGGACGGUGAGAAGUAUUAAGUUCUAUCCAGGAAGCAAACGACCUGUCUGGUUCGUGUUUACUGGGAUGGGUUCGCAAUGGCCAGGUAUGGGGAAAUCUCUCCUCAAACUGCCUGUUUUUGCAGCGGCCAUUGAGAAGUGCCAGCGAGCUCUGAAGCCUUGCGGUGUGGAUGUUCUCAAUAUCAUCACGUCUGAUGACCAGGGAAUCUUCGAUAAUAUUCUCAAUUGCUUCGUGGGCAUUGCAGCCUGCCAGAUAGGGCUGGUGGACAUCAUGAGAUCAGUGGGCAUUGAGGCCGAUGGCAUUGUGGGCCACUCAGUGGGGGAGCUGGGCUGCGCUUACAUGGACGGCUGCUUCACGGCAGAGCAGAUGGUGCUGGCGGCAUACUUCCGUGGUCUUGCAUCCCUGGAAACAGAACUCAUCAAUGGUUUGAUGGCUGCUGUUGGUUUGGGAGCUGAGGAGGCCAAGAAACUGUGUCCUCCUGAUAUCGAGGUGGCGUGCCAUAAUGGAUCUAGCUUCUGCACACUAUCAGGACCAGCUGAGUCCAUGAAGAAGUUUGUAAAAACACUGCAGCAGCAGGGUGUGUUUGCAAAAGAGGUGAACUGCGCCAAUAUUGCAUACCACAGCAGAUACAUAUCCUCAGCUGGGCCUCUCCUGCUCAAAUAUUUGAAACAGCUGAUCCCGCACCCAAAGCCUCGGUCUUCUCGCUGGGUGAGUUCCUCAGUGCCAGAGAAUGAAUGGAACUCUCCAUCAGCAACACACUCAUCAGCCGAGUACCACACCAACAACCUGCUCAGCGCAGUGCUUUUCGAAGAGGCGUCGCGACACAUCCCACAUAACGCCAUCACCAUCGAGAUUGCUCCACAUGGUCUCCUGCAGGCCAUCUUGAAACGAUCUCUCAACAAAGGCAUCACCAAUAUUGCCAUUACACGGCGAGGCCACCCUGACUGCACCGAGGUCCUCCUCACUGCUCUGGGAAAGUUGUUUGAGCUGGGAUUGCAGCCACAGUUAGCAAAAUUGUAUCCAUCCGUAGAAUAUCCAGUAAGCAGGGGAACCCCUAUGAUCUCACCACUGGUACGAUGGGAGCACUCUCAAGACUGGUUCGUCAUGAAAUACAUGGUUCAGGAAAAAGUAAAGUCCAGUGGUGAGCGAUCUGUGAGCAUCACUCUGGAUGAUAUGGAUAUGAAAUACUUGUCUGGACAUGUUAUUGAUGGAAGAAAUCUAUUUCCUGCCAUGGGUUACCUCGAGCUUGUCUGGGAGUCGAUUGGAAUUAUGAACAGUCAAGUACACACUGAAUUACCUGUUGUGUUUGAGGAUGUACAAUUUCACAGGGUUACCAACAUUCCCAAGGAAGGUAGCAUAGAAUUUGCUAUUAUGGUGCAGAAAGGAAGUGGAAAGUUUGAGGUGUCUGAAAAAGGUACUGCCAUUGUGAGUGGUACAGUGCGAAUACCUGAGAAUAUUUCUCAUGAAAUGGCUUCUCUGGAGUCAUAUGAGCCAAACAGUAUCAACAGUUGGCUUGAACUUUCAUCAGAUGACAUAUACAAGGAGUUACAACUGCGUGGGUACAACUACCAAGGGAUCUUCCGUAGCCUUGUUUCUUUGGACAACUUUGGACAAAAAGGAAAGAUCUCCUGGAGCAACAACUGGGUAGCAUUCAUGGACAGCAUGCUGCAGGUACAUUUGCUACAGGAUGAGAGUCGAAGUCUGCUCGUUCCAACGUCAAUCCAGAAGCUUACAAUAGAUGUGAAACGUCAUCCUGCAUUUCUCCAUGCAUUGGGCGAUGCGAGUGAGAAACUGGUUGCGCCAGUAUGUAUGUAUGAGAAGAUGGGCAUCAUCAGAUCAGGAGGUGUGGAAGUGCGAGGGCUCAAAGAAAGUGCCAUAACUCGGCGGAGGAAUGCGGGCAGGGCUGUGCUCGAGAAAUGUGUGUUCACACCCAAUGUGGAACCUGUGCGCCUUGAUUUGCACAGUGCACUGAGGGUGUGCACUCACAUCGCUCUGGAGAACAAGCCUGGUGCCCAUGUAAAGGUGGUGGAGCUGCACAACGAAGGCACUGCACUUCUGUCACCUGCCGUGGCCGCAAUCAUUGCAGAUCUUCCACUUAUAAAGGCAAAAAUAACAGUCCUGGCAAAGGCAAGUGACCGAUUGGAGGCAGACUUGAACAAGACGGGGAUCAAGGUCAAGGAGCACGAACUAGAGAACGAGCAGAACUGCACACUGGUAAUCGCUUCGAACAUCCUGCCCCAUGGACAACUGCUGCAGACCACUGUAAGUGCCCUGGCUGAUGGGGCCUGCAUCCUGACUCGUGAGAAACUGGAAACCAAGACCACGUUCACCAAUGGCGUCAGGCUCGAGGUUGUGUUUGAGAAGACUCUCAAGGAUGAGAAGUUGCUCUUGCUCAGGAAGGGAGUGGUCGUGGAAAAUCCAAUUGUGAUCCAUGUAACAACUCACAACUAUGAUUGGCUGCCGCAAGUACAGACUGCCAUCGGUAGUAACUCCAAACGUCACAUUAUUCUUGUAGCUCAGGGUGAACCACUCAGUGGCAUUGUGGGUCUUGUGAACUGUAUCCGCAAGGAGCCUGGAUGUGACUUUGUUAGGUGUUACUUUAUUCCUGAUACCUCAGCACCCCCAUUCGAUCUGAACUUACCAUUCUACCGGCAACAGCUGAGGAAAGAUCUGGCUGUUAAUGUAUACAUUGAUGGAAAGUGGGGGUCAUACAGACACCUCCCCCUGGACAGCUGUGCUACUGUCACUGUGCCACACGCCUAUGUGAACAUCAUGAGACGAGGAGAUCUCUCCAGUUUCCGGUGGUUGGAGGGAAAUCUGGACCCUGACAGCAUUCAGACAGAACGAAUUGAGGAACUGGUGCAUAUUUAUUACUCUGGUGUCAACUUCAAGGACGUGAUGACAGCAACAGAAAGGGUGACUUCGAAAGCUCCUAAGGGUCAGCUGGAUCUGGACAAUGUUCAAGGGUUUGAGUUCUCUGGGCGUGACCAGAAGGGGAGUCGUGUCAUGGGAAUGGUACCUCACGGGGCUCUAGCCUCUAUGCUGCUGGUGGACAAGGACUUGCUAUGGGAUGUACCCAAACACUGGACACUAGAAGAUGCAGCUACUGUGCCUCUUGCCUAUGGAACUGCUUACUAUGCACUGGUGAUUGUUGGUAACCUGAAGAAAGGUGAGUCGGUGCUGAUCCACUCAGGCAGUGGGGGCGUAGGCCAGGCAGCCAUCAAUAUCUGUCUACACACAGGAUGUACAGUGUAUACCACUGUUGGUACACAGGAGAAACGGGACUUCAUCAAAAAGCAGUUCCCGCAGUUAACUGACCACAAUAUUGGCAACUCUGAGGAUAGCUCUUUUGAGCAACUUGUCAGGUUGGAGACAUUUGGUAGAGGUGUGGAUCUUGUUCUCAACUCCCUUGCUGAGGAAAAGCUGCAGGCCUCGGUACGCUGCCUUGCCCCUCGAGGACGAUUUCUGGAAAUUGGAAAAUUUGACCUAGAGAAUAACAACCUCCUUGGCAUGGAGGUGUUCCUGAAGGAGACAAGUUUCCAUGGAGUUAUGUUAGAUGAACUGUUCACUGCAUCCUCUGAGUUUAAGAAGAAAUUAUGUGACAUCAUGACUGAAGGCAUAGCUUCAGGGGCUGUACGACCGCUACCCAGGAUUGUGUUUCCCACCACUGAAGUGGAACAAGCACUCAGAUACGUGGCAGCAGGGAAACACAUUGGCAAAGUUUUGGUGCAUGUUCGACCAAAAGAAGACAAAAGAGUGUUUGUGCCAGUGCCGUGGCUCAUGCAGGCUUAUCCACGGUACUUCUGCAACCCCAGUUACGCUUACAUUAUUACAGGUGGUCUGGAAGACAUUGGUCUGGAGUUGGCUGACUGGCUGGUGUCACGAGGCGCUCGUAAACUGGUACUAACAUCUCGUGAUGGCAUCAAGACUGGUUACCAGAGUUUACGUGUGAGAAUAUGGCGUAGCUAUGGCGCGACAGUUGUCAUCUCUCCAGCUGACAUUACCACAAAAAGUGGUGUAAGAGCUCUGCUGUCACAUGCAAACAAGCUGGGGCAAGUUGAUGCUAUAUUCAACCUGGCUGUGGUGCUGCGAGACAAACUCUUGGAGAACCAGACUGAGGCAGACUUUGCUGCUUCUGCAGGACCCAAGGCACUUGCAACGCAUCACCUGGAUGCGCUGUCUCGCCAGAUGUGUCCACACCUGCGUCAUUUUGUGGUGUUCUCCAGUGUAUCGUGUGGGCGUGGUAAUGCUGGGCAGAUGAUCUACGGCAUGAACAACUCCGUCGUGGAGCGCGUCUGUGAGGCCCGUGUCAGAGAUGGGUUACCAGGUCUUGCUGUACAGUGGGGCGGUGUUGGGGAUGUGGGGUUGGUUGCAGAGAUGCAGAAGGAACAGCAAGUUAUUCAAACAGGAGGCACACCAGCACAGAAGAUUUCAUCCUAUCUCGAAAUGCUUGAUGUAUUCCUGAGGCAGCCGUGCCCUGUAGUCGCGAGCACGGCUGUAGCUGACAAAUCUGCAGGGACUGGUGGAUCUGGCGAUGUAGUAUCUUGUAUUGCCAGUAUCAUUGGUAUCCCUGAUGUGAAGACCAUUUGUCUGAACUCCACAUUGGCAGAGCUGGGGUUGGACACCAUGACAGCUGUGGCGAUAAAGCAGACGCUGGAGCAAGAGUUUGAAUUAUAUCUCACACCUCAGGAAAUCCGUAACCUGACUUUCUCACAUCUUGAGGAGCUGUCUGCAAGCAAGCAGCAAAAUGGGGAGGAACAGCAUCCGUUAGAAGCUGCAUCUCGUGAUGAUGAAGAUCUUGAAGGACAGCAUUUGUUGCUGCGUUUGAUAGGAGAUGAGCCAUCUGCAUCGUUGCCUGUUGUGCGUCUGCCAUCGGCAACUGGAAUCGGGACGGACGUAGAAGAUGAGGUGAAGGCUGGGCCAGUGCUCUUCAUGUUGCCUGGUGUCGAAGGUGUACCAAACAUCUUGAAACCUCUGGCCAAGAAUCUCAAAUACCAGACAAUAUGCCUGCAGCUCGACUACAGUGACCUGGGACACACAAUUGACCACAUGGCAGAGACCCUCCUGCCACACAUACAAAGUCGGCUAGCUCCACGUGCUCCUUUCACUCUGCUGGGCUACUCAUUUGGUGGCCUGCUGGCACUGGAACUGGCACUUAAACUUGAGGCGGAGGGGCGGGAGGGGAAGCUAUACCUACUGGACAGUUCUCCAGACUUCAUGAAGGUGCUGCUGGAACAAAGUGUUUGUAGCAGUGAGGAUCAGUUUGAGAUCAGUGUCUUAUGCUCUGCUUUCAACCUUAUUGCACCAUGCGAAACCUCGUCAGCAGCUCUCAGCAAGUUGGUUCAGGAGCUGACACCUCUGAAGAGCUUGGAUGAGAAGUUAGAUUACUUCUUCACUAAACUUCCUGUGUUGAAAAACAGUGCACAGAACUACAGAGCUGUUGGUGUCUCAUUCUUGAGCUGUUUUAAGGCCAUGUCAAGCUAUGAGUGGGACCCCAGGAAGACUGUAAAAUCUCAUGUCACCCUUCUGAGGUCUAGUACAUUUACACUAAAAACAGAGGAAGAUUAUGGACUCUCAAAGUGUUGUGAGAAAAAGGUGGAGGUACAUUCUGUGACUGGGAACCACUUGACAAUGCUGGAAAGCUAUGAUGCCGCCGUGAUUAUCAACAGGCAGGUGACACAUUCUGAGGCACUUAAAUUCAAAAACAGCCUUAGUGAGCAGAACACACUGUGUUAAAGUAAUUUAUGUCCACAGCAUUCCACAUCGCUACUGUCAAAAUAAUGUCUGAAUUGUUUUGAUAUCUGAAACUCUUUCUGUGUGGAUUGUGGCUCUAGAGUUUCUGCACGUGCCUUGUGAUUGGAAAUUGAAAAUUAGCUGGCCCAUUAGAUAAACAGCAUAACUUAGAUUGUCAUGACAUCCAAGGAAAUUCUGGAACAGACAUUUGUCACAUUAAAAAUGUAAUUUUUGGUGUUGGUAGUUAAUAUCUGUUAUAUGCUGUAAGGUUUUAACACGUAUUUUCCAUUCUACUAUAUGUAUAGCAUUGCUGAAUUUACUUACAUAUUUGCUUAUUUUUAUUAGCAGUGCACUUGCAGUAUUGAUCUUAAAACCACAGUCUUUAUAUAGAACACUUGAUAUAUAUUCACAGCCAUACUGCCAGUUGCUAGUAGCUAAAUGUGUGUUUUGAAAUAAACAAUUGAUAUGUUUUCUGUUGCAUUUAACUAGUGGGCAUAUUAGUCCACCAGCUUGCAUUCAAGGGGUAUCUGGUUCAAAUCAUCUGUAUGGUAUUUGUUCUGGCUAAUGUUUUGUGUCUUAAUUCAUAUAUCAUCGUAAAUGCUAAGAUGGGUCCUUUGAAAUGGGCCAGUACUACUGCUUCUUCAGACUCUUCCAGUAUACUAUGUGUAAGUGCCCAUUUAUCUCACCUAUUCUUCAUAACCUUAUUUAUGAUGUAUUGUCAUUAAAUAACAGCCCAAACAACCAGUGGUUAGGUAAAGCUCCUGUGUGCCUAAUUUCCAUAUAAAAUAAUCAGUCAUAUAAUAUUACCAUACAAUAUUUCAUUAUUUAUGUAGUGCAAACUUAAUAUAUAAUUGGCAGGUGCUUGUUUGUUGUUUGUUUGUUUGUUUGCAAGGUUAGACUUUUAUGAAAACAUUUGUACAUGCAUUUUAAUAAGAUACUCUAUACAAGUGACUGUUGUUACAGAAACAGUUAUUAAAAUAACAAAUGAAUGUCAUCUCUGAAUAAAUGAGAAACAGAUGAGUGCCCUAAAUAUUCCUAUCGAUUAAACAAUGAAGGAAUAUUUUGUUACUAAACAGCAGAACAUCGUAAAAACAAAUUCCAGUGUCAGCUGUGAUUUUUAAGAUGGCUGUCUUCUGGGAUGUUGCACCAUGUAGGUAUUGAUUGACAUUUCAGAGGAACUUGCUACCAUUCAUUAGCCUCAUGAAGGAGGUAGUAAGCUCCUGAGAAAUAUCAGUAAGUAUAUAUCAGAUUAAAUGGUGCUACAUCUUAGAAGACAGCCAUCUUCAUACUUAUCACCACUAGACCCACUGAUCUCAACUGUGCAUUUGAAUGAACAUCAGAAAACUGAGCACAGUCUUUGAUAUAAUUUCUGUGAACUGACUACAAGUACAAGGUACAAUAAGGUGUAAUAAAAGCAAAGGUAAGCUCAGUAGUUGCUAACCAUUUUUCCUUGGUUUAUUUUCCUUUCAACUUUAAGCCAGUAACCUCAUUAACAUGGAGUUCAAAUUCCUGAACCGUUUUGUAUGAUUUAUAUACUUAAGUGCUAAACUUUUUAUGUCCCCUCCUGGCUCACAAUCUGGCCAACAAUUUUGAGAAAGUCACGCUCUGCUACUGAGUUUGUUCUGUAUAUUUUUUUUAGUGAGAGUAAAUUUACUAUGUUCAGUGAGUCGGCCAGAAAACAAAUGGAGAACUGCUAUCAAGUAUGUGCAGCUGUCCAUGUGCCAGUUUUAUGAUAUUUUUGCAUCCCUGCACUGCAAGAAACAACAAUCCCCUACCAGAGUUAAUAAUAAUAAUAAUAAAAUAUUGUCUUAAAAGGUAUGCCACAUGUGUGUGUGUGCCAAUUCUGACAUAACCAAACUUAGAAUAAGUUUUCUCCUUCAUUUAGGCACAAAAUGGGUUCUGAUCUAUGAUUCCUCAGUUGAAUAUGAUAUACAGGAAUUCCUUGUAGUAAUGUAAGAACAGUGCACAACAACAACAGGAGUUUCCACCCAGGAUUACUCAUCCAGAGGUGUAUUUGAGGUUAUGAAUAACUUGCAAGCUGCAGGCACAUCUGCUGUCUGGGUAGGUAGUUUGUACACAAGCUAAGCAUGUACAUUAUAUGCUCUUCUAUACAGCAGUGAAUAUAUGAUUAUGUUGAAACGUUUUGUGGAAAUAGAUGUAAUUUGUCUUAAAUACACAAGGGAAAUGUAAGCCAAGGAAUGUUGUUUGUUAUGGAAGUUGGUGGUUGCCCUACACUCUGCCAUUUCCAUUCUCAGCUAUGGACCAAUUAAUCCUUGUCUUUUCUGUUUGAAUUAUGAUUUUGUUGGUAUGUUGUACAGCUCACAGCCAAAUAUAUUUCAAUUCCUUUCUUUUUAA